AUGCCCCCCAAACAGGCGCGGGGACCCACCACACUCCACACCUCCCCAGUCUUACAUGCACUAGGGAUGCAGCGAUCACCGGCACAGUGCCACCCCGCAGCACGAGACCCAGCGACCAGCGCCCCCGCCCCAGGUCCCAAUUGCUACCAUGGCCGAACCCCACCACCGCAACCCGAGAGAACCCCCAGCGACGCCCCCCACCCCCCACAGGGGCCACAACCCCCCAGGCACACCUGCAGUCCCCCUCCCCCACCGCCACCACACCACAACCCUCCCUCAUUCACCAAACAUACAUGCACCAGCCAGACACCAGGGCACGCACCCGCCCACUCCCACAGCGGCAAGUCCAGGCCAGCCCAGACGCCCCGGCGCAUGCCGGGUUCCCCCACCCCCCCCAGGAAUGCAGCACCCGGACCCCAGGGCCCAGGAACCGCACCCCGCCCACCCCUACCAGCCCAGCCACCCGACCUGGGGGACGCCGGCUACCGACCCAGGCCCAACCCGGAGCCCUCCGCCCCACCACCACAGGGCAACCAUGGCGUCGGGUCCACCCCCACCCCAACCGGGACAAACACCAAACCGCCCCCAGAGCAGGGUGGUCCAGACCCCCACUCCGAGGGACCACUAGUGACCCGUAGCCCCGCGGCACCUCCUGCUGGCCUCCUAACACUCAGAGUGAUAUGA